AUGAACUUUGCUCUCCAGCUUUCUCCCUUGAACCUGAGACGUCUUCAUUUGGAGUCAAGGGCGGACCUCCCGAAGCAGAUCUGCCUGUUCGUCACUCUCCAGGGGUUGCGCUGGAGGCAAAACUGGAUAUCGGAUCCUCCUCCCACAGCACUUUUUACUUUCAAACUCUAUUUUCGAUUGGAAUCGUAUUCGCGCGGCCGCGCCCCUCAGGCUAUCCGUUCGUCUUCAAGUCAUUUAAACGUUCUUUUUUUUCCCUUUUCAUUUUUUGGAAUUUCUUGUCAUCCGUUAACCUCAUUUUUGACUCGAUUAGGACUUCUCAAGUUGCCUAAUUUCGGUUUUUUUAUCUUCAGAGGUUCUUUUUUUCGAAUGGUUGAGGAAAUCGUUCAUUUUGAAAAUUGCAAUUUUUCCAGUAACUUAAAUGUUUUGGUUUUUCCUUCUUUCUCUCAAAAUUAAGAAAAAAAUUUGAUUUGACAAGUUCCUUUUUCGAAUUUCUUGAAUGUGUCAACAAAAAAAAAUGCUUGUCAAGAUGCUUGGACUUGACAUAAAUUCUUUCCUUUUUACUUAAUUCCAAUAAGUGAAAAACGAAUGACUUUUCUCUCACUUACUUUGGGUUUUCAGACUAUUUGCAGAGAAAAACCCAAUUCAAACUAGUUUGAUCAAUUAUUUUGGCGAAGAUAAAAGCAAUUAGCAAUAAAUUUGCUUCUGUAGUCUCUGGAGGUGUUCACCCAAAAGACAUCAAACAGGUAAACCGUUUAUCCCAACCAAUUUUUUUUCCUUACGAGUUUCGCCGACAUUUUCAAUCUUCUUCUUUUAUUCUUUUUAAUGAGAAAGUUAAGGAUUGAUCCCAGAUAUAUUGCAACUUUUGAUUGAACCGGUUUUCUCCACUUUCAAGAUUGAAACCAACGAUAACUUUGAAUUGGGAACCCAGGCGUGAAAUCGCUUCAAAGCUGUAAAAGCUGAAUUCGGAAGAAAAACGGCUUUUUCCGAUCCACAAACUAUGGUUUUUUUAAACUCAAAACUCAAGCUAUUAAAUUCUAAAAGGGUGUAACCAGUUAAAAUUAGGAAAAGGGAUUUUUCAUCAGCUAACUGCUGCAGCUCUGAAAUUAAUAUACAGCUUCUCAGUGUGUCAAAAAAAAUAACGUCAUUUUACUUUUAGGUUUGGAGUUUGGCCAAAAAAUAUUUGACCAGAAUAUUUCUAAACGUAUUUCAGAAAUUCUAGAAGAUCUCAACCUACACAACUUUCUGGUCCUCCAGAAAGGACAACUCGAACUCAAAGAAAACCCUAAAAAUCCGCUGAAGAGACCAUUUUGGGGCUUUGAGUCCUUAUUUCUCGAAAAUUAGGAAGUUGUGCAGGUUUAGACUUCCUGGAUCUUUACCAAGGAGUAUUAUGGCCAGUUUUUGAGGAAUUCCCAACCGCAAAUUGAAAUGACCUCCCUUGUGAGGAAGAUCAAUCUACAUUUUUGAGCUUUCAAAUAUUCAAUGUUUCCAUUUAUUACGAAUACUCUACCAACAGAAGAAAAGAGCUUUUGAGGAUAGGAUCCGUCUAGGUUUUCAAAUGUCCAAUUUGAGAAUUUUAGCUCUAGAACCGGUGCAAGCCUUUGUUCUGAACAAACCAACAGCAGGGAAGAAUUUUUGACGAGCUCGAAGAUUAAUUGGCAGCUUGUCAGUCUUGUCAGGGAUCCCAGACAAGGCCAAUCUAGGUUAGCGUGUUGUUUCUGUCGUCGCCGUGCCCCGGUAUUACUCGAUCCAGCCCCCCGACCUUUUUCUUUCCUUUUUCCGCCGCCGACGCCAGCCGCCUCCGAUUCCGUUUCUCUCUUGAAAUAUGUACUUACCUACUUUCAGAUUUCACCCCCACUGAAGUGGCUGCUUAAGGCUUUUCGCGCAUUUCGACACAUUUCUUGUCCUUCAAGGUUCGUCUAAUUAUUCCGUUUUUCCUCACUUUUUCCUGCGCUGUUUCAAUUACGUCUAAGAUUACAGAGAAAAAAAAAGAUUGCCGUUUUUUGUUCCAAAUGAUCUGUUAAAUGAUUGUGAUUUUAAGGAUAAUUUUUUGAGAUGAAGAUCUCAAAACUUAUGAUUUUAUUUCUUACGUCAUUAAAUAAACUCUUUAAAAAUAAAUUUUUCGAAAUUUUUCCAAUUUUUUUACAAGUCUCAAAAAAAUCUACUUUCAAACUGUCAUCUUCCUGAAUAUAAAAAAAGUAAAAAAAUCAAAGUUUUCAUCUAAUCUCUACUGAAGAUAUUUUGCAGAUAUUUCUUAUGUAUUUUUCUCUUUUUAUCUAUAGGAAAAAUCUAUUUUUCACUUUUCGUAUCUGUUUUUCUUAGUAAAAGUGAUAUUUUUCAAACUCGGAUUCUAAUUUUCAAAGAAAAUAUUUGAUGAAAAGCUUCCAAAUGAAUCUACCUAUGCACAUUUUUUUAACCAAAAAGAAAUUAUUCUCAUUUUAUUUGUUAGGAUAAAGUCAAAUAAAAAAACGUGGCUAGAACUUAUAAAAAAAGUUUUUUUAAAUAAAAUCUUGGUGAUGUCAAAAAAACAUAAGAUUGAAAGCCGUACUCUUUUUGUGUAAAGGCUCUCAUUUAUUUAGUGUCGAGUCGAACCUGAUUUUUCCAUCCAUAAAAAAACAGCAAUAUGACACCGGCAUUCAGAUGAGGUGGCGGGGGACCGUGCUCCUGCUUCUGGCGGCGCUGACGUCGCUGGCGCAGUCCCAAUGCCCAGCCAACACGUUCACCUGCGCCGACGGCUCCUGCAUCCCGUCGGAUUGGCGAGGCGACGGCGAGAAGGACUGCGAGGACGGCUCCGACGAGACCGGCGGCGCCACCGCGGAACUUCCUUUCGAUGAAGUCGUCCUCUCCACUCCUGCAACUGCCGGUUUCUCACUUCUUUCAUUUGCCAAGGAUUCAAAUAGUUCAGUUGCGAAAUUUUUGAAGAUUUCACCAGUCUAAAAUAUUUUAAGAGCCGAUUAGGAGUUUUUUCAAAGAUUCUGAUUUUUUUCAAUCGUUUUUUUGAAGUUAUUGAUUUUAACGACGACCUAGAUAUUUUUCGCAUUUUAUGUUUAUAACUUAAAUUUCUUACCGGGUUUUUUUCACUGGUUUAUUUAUUUAUUCGAGGUUAUUCAGAUAUAGGUGGGGUUUGUGAAAACGAGACAUUUGUACCUUCUGAAGAUAAAUUUGAUAAAAAGGGAACUUUUUUUUUGUUUGAGACUGGAGGUUUUCAUAAAAUUAUUUUUUGUAAGCACAAAGUUUCAUCUAAAAAAAAUUUUAAAAAAGGUUAUCAGUUGCCUUUUUUCAAUGUUAUUCUAGAAGUUCCGCCAUAAUUCCAUUAUUUUCGCGGUUAUUGCCGUUAGUCGAGUCGAAGGAUUGAUCCAACCGUUCUGUUUCUCGCAGCUAACCCCGACGCCCGCAAAUGUAUUCUUCUUUUCGCAUUAUACCUAACCAAAACCGCCCGAUCGCCCCCCGCGCGCGCGAGAGUCGUAUAGUCGGCUUCCAGCGGAUUUUUCCGUUUCCUCCGGCUAAAUGCAAAUGGGCUGGAUCUUCGGUCUGACUGUUUGCACGUUGUUUCUAACCGGAAAAAGCUGACAAAAAAUGGAAUGUUGUAUGAAGAAAUGUAAGAGUGUAUCUCCUGACUCAUCGCGGGUCAAUAGGUUAAUCACAAGUACUUUUUGUGAAGCGAAAUUUAAAAUCUGCAUAAUCUGGUUUUGAAGGAAGUUUUCAAUGGGAAAAUUAUCUUUUUUUUCGUUUUUGAAAGUUCCCUCGAUAAGCUCCGAUAAGCUCUAGUGUCCCGAAUGUUUCAUCAAUCGAGAAAACUCGAAAAAAAAAAAUUUUUUUUAAAAAGAAAUUAUCUCUCGACUUGAUGUAGGUAUCCGAAAUUAUUGCUUCAGCAUUGUUUCAAACCUGCAGGUUCUGAUUUUGAAUGAACUCUUUAACGGAAAAGUCAUCUAAGUUAUCUUAGUAGUUUUUUUUCAAUUUAGCUCCAUAGGCUUCUCUGUAUAUGUAGUCUGUUCGGCACAACUUGAAAAGGUCUGAUUUCUCUGCGCCCUCUUCUUCUCUCGACGGAGUUCUCGUUGUGACUUGCUAUUUUCAUUUUUUCUGACCUCGCCGAUGAGGGAAACGAAAGACGCAGACAGGCAGAAAGUUUUGAGUCGCGGCGGCUUUUUCCUAUAAAGGAUGUUUUUCCAACAGGGAAACUUGAAAAAAAAUUCCUUUUUUGUGUAAAAAAAUUUUGUCUUCCUUGAAAAAAAGAUCCUAUAAAUCUCAAUCUGUCUAACUUUCUAGUUUUUGAGAAAUGACGUCUCAAAGAAAGGAUACCUUAAAAAAGGGCUUUUUCGAGGCUUUGAGCCCUUAUUUCUAGAAAAAUAAGAAGUGGGAAGGUUGAGACUUUCAUACCCUUAACACGAUACAUCGAGGAGUGUUAUGGACAAAUUUCAGAAAAUUCAGAGAGAAAUUACCUUCCUUAUUGGAUCUCUUUCGAAAAGCUUUAUUUCAGAAUCGCCGUCUUCUGAAGAGGAAACGACGACGACGACAGCUACCGCGACCGACGACGGAGACUGCAAAUACGUCGACCAGCAGAAGAUCGACGGCUGUUCCGAAAGAACUAUUUCCUUCCUUCACGACAUCGAACAGCUCUCGAUGCGCAACUCCAGCCUCCUUUGGCAUGAGCAGUUGUGAGUUCGAAUUCAGAUACUAUCUGUAUAGAAAACCUUGAAUCAUGAAUUCUCGUUUAAUAAUAUUAUUUAUUUUCGGGCUCUUCCUUGAGUACAUCCCCCUUUGUUCAAUUCAUUCAAGUAGAAACUUUUCUCGACAUUUCUCAAGCUUGUGAACAAUGCUAGUUGAAACUUCAGAACUUUCAAACUCAUGUUGAAACUGUAAACCUUUGAUUUUCUUGUGUUUUCACUCAUUUUGAUAGUAUUUUUUGUAGUUUCGUGACUUAAGCUUGACUUUUCUGAAGCCAUGGUUAGAGAUCUCAAAUCUGUGGGAAAAUCUUCAAACGAGGGCUUUCUUAUUCCAGAAUCUCUGUUUUUUCACGGACUCGUUCAUUUCCAACGAACACUGUAGCGUUUUUCCUUUUCUGGACGACCUUCCGUCGAAUAUCACAAGAGGAAAGUUGCAGACAGGCGCAGAUCGAACGCGGCUGCAACCUGACCAACGAGUAUGCCGACUGCGUCCGGGGCACGUCUUCCGAAACGUGCAUGCCCGAUGAAGGCGUCAGGUCUUGGCGCGAGGUACAGAUUCUGUUUUUUCGACGAGGCUUCUAAUUUUAUUCAUGGGCCUUCGGAGAGAAAAGUUCAACGAAACUCAGAAAUCGAAAAAGUCGUUGGCAGCUUUUUGGCUAAAAUUUGAGUCGUGUUUUUAAUCAUCAAAUCAUUUAUUUUGUUGUUUUAGUCUGAUGUAAUCGACUAGGCGGUGAACAAGAACUUUAAAAGCUAUAACGAACAACCGCCUUUGGCGAACUAUAAGUCCAAACGUGUAGUCGAAAGAGUUGAAAGCAUGGUCUUACGGUCCUUCGCCUCGUCCUUCUGCGCGUAGUCCAUCCAGUUGCGCCUUGACGAGCUCAGAAUGUAGUGGAUGGUGUAGCUGGAGCCCGGAGACCGUGUUCUAGGUGGAAGCCUCAGAAUGAGAGCGACCACUUCGAAUGAAGAUUUUACACGGAAUAAAAAAAUUGAUUUAUGUAAAUUUUGCGAACCUCGAAUUUUUUGACCUUCUUCAAGAACGUUUAUUGCUUUUUUUGAAGCUAUUAUUCAUUCACUCAAUACAUUUUAUUUUUGUAAAAGUUAUAUUGAGUAUCCAAAAAAAAAAACUCAUUGAUUUUUGAAGUUCACUCGAUGGUUUUCUUUUUGUUUCAGUCGUAGCCAGAAUCGCCUAGUUUUUAGAAAGAAAAAAGCUUUUUAGCUGCACUAACGACCGUCUUUGGCGAACUGGAAGUCCAAAUGCGAAGUUUAAAGCAUAUUCUUACGAUCUCCUUUUUUUUUUUCCUGGCAUUAGUUCAACCAGAACCGCCAUAAAAGAUGUUUGACAUCAGUUUGGGGAUCGUGGAACUUCACGUAAAACUUUAAAAAAAAAACAAGACCUGCCAUUUCAAUGAAACUCUUAUCGGAUAUGAUUUUAUUAAAUUUUCAAUUUUUUUUGGAAGUUAGUAGUAAUUUCAUAUUCUCGAUCGAUUUUGAUACUCAAAAAAAUUAAUCUUUGAGAGUUUUUUUACACAAAAAUACUUCCUUUUUGAGUCAUAAUAUUUUACAAAAAAGUUCAGAAAGCUUAGUCAUAAGCAAGUCUGAAAAAACACGUCAUUAUUCCAAACAAUGGCGUCAUUUAACAGCUGACACACAUAUUUCGUGUGCGGAACCAGACUUCCCGCAGGUUUUCGCGUUCCGAUUGACCUCACCGUUUUUGGUGGCCACUGAUUCAGCCGCUCUUUUUUGGGCCGAUAAAAUUGGGCGUUGUCGGCUGGUUUUUUGGAUAAUUUCUUUUACAAAGGAUUAGGGCGACUUUUUGGGGAACGGACGAUUAAAAAAUAAGUUUAUGAUAUGCCAGAAAAGUUUUGGAGCCUUUGUUUGAGCGUGGCUUUCAAAAAAAGCAAAAAAAGUUUAUUAUAUCAAACUAAUUCAAAAGAAGUAAAGAAAACUCCAAGUUUUUGCAAAAAAGUUUUUCUUUUGAUUUUCUAUAUUUUUUUCUUCUUGAAAUUCCCUUAAUUGGGUUCGUUUAUUAACAUUUUAUUGAAGUCUGCGAAGGCACGGGAUCUUUAAAAAUAAAACUAGACUUUGAAAAAAAAGCUUUCAAAAACGAUAAUUUAAGUUUUUAUUGACUCAUGGCUCGUUAUUAAAUGAAAAAUUUCAGAUAAUACACAUUUUUUGUUGAAAAUCAAGCCUCUGAACGGCAAUAGUUUUUUUUCAAACGUUCUUGGGUUAACCCACAUUUUCCAUUGUUCAAAACCAAAAUAACACUGAAAAAAGAGCAUUUUUGGCGGUUGGUGUGAAUGAGAGGCAUUGGAAGGCAGCCAACCAGAAAGAAUUAGGGCAUGACCGGCAAUCUUGGCGCCGUUGUCAACACUUCCGAACGGAUAUUAUCAGACGAUCGGAUCUUGUUGAUCGUUUUGAAUCGUUUUGAAUCGAGUAAACCGUUUCGUUCGACGGUGGAACGGGGUGAAAUUGAACGAAUGAAUAAAUAAAUAAACAGGAAGAGAGAUUCGGUUCCAGGUGGAGAUGUUCGUCUGUCAGCUGCUUCUGCCAACCGCCAGGGAACAUUCCAAGUGCUUCAACUCUCUCAAGGCCUCUCCUUGUGCUAAUCGGUUCGUUCCGACCUUUUUCCAUAGAUGUAAAUCGAGAGAAGAGCGGAAUAACAAUGAAUUUUCGAAUGAACUGGAAGAGAAAAAUGGCUGGAAAUGUCUCAAAAGACCAAUUUUCAGUUGUUCUAGGGGCUCCGAGACUUUCCAUCAUACUCAAAGAAAGGGAAUUAUCAGAUAUGUAGAACACCAAUAACGUAAUAAAACUUCAUAUUAAUCUUAUUUUUCGAAAUUUUGAAAGCGCUAUACGAUUUUUUCAGGUCCAACCAAAAGUCCUCAACCCUGUGCCGAUUGAUCAACUCGGCGCGCAGCGAUGUCGAAUGCCUCCAAUCGACAAAGCCAGCGGAUUGUUCCGAAGAAGCGUUGGAGAUGUUGGCGCCGAUCCACGAAGAAGCCGUGCACGUCGUCGAAGCCAUCAGAUGCCAAGUGACAUCGAUAUCUGUUGUUCCGAUGACCUUGAAGGCUUUCAGGGUGAGCCGGAAGCGCCUCAAGUCGUCGACGACACCGCCGAGGCCUCCACGGAGACGACCACCGUUGAAGGAGCAGAAGAUGAAGACAAGCCGGUAGUUCACUUUUUCAGAACUUAAGAAAGACCGGAAAAGUUCAGGAGCUCACGAUCAACAUGGCCGACGCCGUCAACUCUCUCUACUACAUCUACGACAUUUGCUCUUCUAACUAUUCUGGAAACGCCUUCGCCAGCAUCGCCGGUGCGAUUUGCGCCAGGCAGGACGAUAUCGCGAAACACUCUGAUUGUUACCAGAAGACGUUGGAGAAGGAGAAAUGCGCCGUUCGGGUGGGUUUCUGAAGAAUUAAUGAAGCUGUGAAGUUCAGAAAAAUGUCCGAAAAGCUUAUUUUGAGCGCAUGAAAAGCUAAGAUUGAAGUUUUAAAUUUCUUUAGAACGCUUCGACGUCCUGCGAAGCUCUCUCCACGUUCAACAACAACCUCGACUGCGCCAUCGUCACGAUGAACGACGAAUGCUCCGUCGAUGCUCAGAAUCUGGUCGUCGAGCUGCAAGAAGACAUCAACGACAUCAUCAUCAAGCAGAAGUGCUUCGACGACGCCGCCGAGGAGAAGGAAGCCGCCAAGUCUGGAGGCGACGACAAAGACUUCAAGUUGAACCCGACUCUGCCCAAGUGCAAGGAGGAGCAGGUUCCGACUCUGCUCCGGCUUGCAAAAAUAAAAAGGUUUCCAGGAGAACGCCGCACUUGGAUGUUUGGUCGAGCUGGUCGAGAUCAACAAGAAGCUGUCCCAAUUCCACAACCUCAACUUCUUGCUUGAAGUAUACCUUUGAUAAAUGAGUUGAGGAGACAUCGAAUUUUCAGCUGGCCAGUCCAAAUUCCACAGUUGUCGAUGGCGUCUGUGAGCUGUUCGGAAAGUACGAACAGUGUCUUCAGACCAGCGUUUUCAGCGCAGGACAAAGAUGCUCCUUCGCCUCGCCUUUGAACUCCUUGGCCAGGUGAAUAUUGGCAGCUUCUUAAUUUCCAUCUAUUUUUUAAAACUUUUUUGAGCCAGAAAAAUAAGAGUUUUUUUCAGAAUUGGCCUGGCUCCGAUCUGCUCCCUCGAUUCGAGGCCGAUGCUCUCCCGUCACAGAAGUUGCCUCAAGGAUUUGGCCGACCAGACCACCAAGUCAACCGAUUGUCAAUCUGGACUCGCCGAACUUUCUGGAUCCGUCCAGAUGAUGCUCCAAGUGAGAAUUUUUAAUGAUCUUCUAGGAAAAUACCAACAAAAAAAACCAGCAAAUUUGAAACUUCUUCUCAUUACCAUGAUUCCACUAACUGCAAAGAAAAUUAUUCUUUCUUAACAUGAACGGGAAAACUCUAGGGAUCACUAAAGAGGUUCCUUAAAGACUACUUGGAAAGGACACUAGAAUGACCAUUAAAACCACCUCUAUAAAAGCCACUUUUUUCCCUUUUUAGUGGCCACUAUAUUAGUUUUUCGUGAUCUAGUCGUACCACUUAGACUUCUAAAGAGGCCUCAAAAUUUAAGCCACUUAAUAGACCACUAAUUCGACUUCUUGAAACGUCAAAGUCCUAAAGUGGCCACUCGAACUUUCCCAGUGUGUUUCGUGAAAAAUGACAUUAUUGCACAAACCGCCUUGCAUUUUUUUUUUAAGUCUUUCAUAAAAAUAUUCUUUCUGACUGAUUAUCAUUUUCUCGCUUCAAAUUUCAGCUUGACUAUCCCCUUCUCCUAGGAACUUCCAUUGAUAAAGCCUCUUCACUAAUAUAUAUUUAUCAGGGAAUCCACGGCGAAGCCCUUCUCUGCAAAUCCUUCUACGUGAUUCGUGAAGCGUUCUCUUGCGGCGAACGCGCGAUCCAAGAGAAAUGCGGGACCGACGCGCUCAACGACCUCCUGCUGCUCAAGACCAAGGUUCGGAGGCCGAAGUUGGACUCGAACAGUGGAGGCUUAAGAUGACGGCUCUCGGAGAAGAGGAGGGAUGCCCGCGGGAGAAGCCGGCCAAUCUCGAGGAGAUCAUCGCCCGUCCCGUCGUCCGACAGCCCGUCACUCUUCCGCCGAGGUUUUUUUCUUUCGAAUACUUUACGUUUUCUGAAGCAAAUAGUCAGAUUUUUUCAAUUAGGGAGGUUUAAGUUCGUAUAGGGAAUUUUUUUUAAUUAACAGAUGCACCCAAUAAUUUUUCACUGAACCUUGUUUUGUCAACGGUAUACCGUAUACUAAUAAACAACACUUAUAAAUAACGUAUUCAAUUUAUUUCAUUUAAAAAUAUCCUUCCAACAGUUCCUGUAUAAAAAUAUGUUUCAUAACAUUUCUAUAUUGAGUUUAUUAUUGUUUAUUUUUUUGGUUUUUUUGAUCGCCCGUGUGUUUUUGAAAAGAAAAAAACUAGCUCUUCCCUGAAAUUAACGAACAAUAUGAAAAAACAUUUUAUUUUCGUUUUUUAUUUUGAGUCCUGACUAAAAGCCGAUGUUUAUAGAUUUUUCAAGAUUUAUUUUAUCCAAACCUCUUUUUCAGAGACGCUGUCGACCGAGCUCCAACAGCUCACGGCCUCAGACCUACUCCAGCUCCCCCUGUACCGAUCCCAGCUCCAACCCCAGCUGUCAACAAGGCUUGCACCGCCGAACAGCAAAAUUUGUGAGAUUUCCAGAACAAAUCAUGAUAAAACUCGAAAUUUGCAGAUUCGAGGAUUGCGUCCGACCUUUGACGGCUUUCCAGCCCCAUCCUCUGUCAGUUAUUGCGGUCCCUCGCGAUAUCGAUCAGGCUUGCGAGGCUUUUGCCACCUUCAAGGUUCAAAAAGGAGAAAAUUAUGAAGAAACUUGGUACUUUGUAGAAAUGCACAGCGGAGAAUGAAUGCCAUCCUCUCUGGGCCAAAGGAAUGGGAGCCAUGUUCGAGUACGCCUGCAAUGAAGCUUCUGCUCAGUUCAAGGAGGUUGAGAGAUGAAUUUUCCAUGAAAUCUGAUCAACUUCUUGUUUUGAGGUCCGAAAAUGCAUCCGAGAAACGGCGGCCAAGGAAAAUGUCAAGACCUGCGUCUCGGAAUUUUCUCGCGGAGCUCCAACUCACGCCUGUCUUUCCUCCAACAAACUCCUCACCUGUGCUAUCUCUGAACUUCAGGUUACCUUUCUAUUUGGAUAACUUGCUAGAAAACCAACGCUCAUCUGAAUUUAGUGAAUAAACCUAUUCAUUUCAUCCUUUUUUUCCAGACGAGCUGCGGUUCUGACGCCGUCAACUGGGUUUCUUCGUACGUCACCAGAUUCGCCACAGCGAUCGAUCCUCGGUGCAAGAUUGCCAGCCAGUUGCCAGGUGAAUCAAAAAGAAUGGUUCAGAUUGGAAAAUUAAUCAGAAAGACAUUUUCAUCCAGAAGGUUAUUGCAAUUUUGCCACAUAGAAAAUCUGACUAAAUCGAAGAAAAUUGUAUCUGCAGUCGGAAGAGUGGUCGGAGUCGGUUGCUCUCCGGAAGAAGAAGCCAUCAUCGACCACUGUGCGGCGCCGCUCAACGACAUCGGCCAGCGCGUCGAGGACCUCUUCGCCGGCGGAAUGCAAUCCCUCAUCAAGAACAUCAACUCGCUGGCUCCUGUCUUUGCCGGCGGCUGCAACUUGACCGGUUUCACAAUUCUCAGAACUUUUUCUCAAUUUAAUCAUUUCCAGAAGAGUUUAAAACCUGUGCUCAGUUCAUCUUGUCUGGCCGAACUCCAUGCGUAGUUUCAUCUUGCUUCAUCGAAGCCGGAAAGGCCAUCUGCGACAAGCCAGAUCCCACCAAGGCCAUCGACGACAAUCUGAGCUGCUUCUUUGGACAGGUUCGAGAAGACCUCUCGAGAAAGUUCAAUGAGACAUUCAGAUCCAAGAGCCUAACUUUGCCAAGUGUGUUCGAGGAACUCUCUCCACCGUCAAGCAGUUCACCCUGUCCAACAUCCGAAAUGUUCUGCCCAAGUUCAUCGACUGCACUGAAGACAUCGUCCGCGCCAAGUGCGGCGAGUCUCCGAUCCAAGUCCUUCGCGCCAUGAGCUCUCCCGACCUUUGCGUCGUUGGAAAGGCCGCCUCCGGCAUGACUACUCGACUGCCUCCACAGCAAGUCCAGCCCAAGGUAAAAAUAAGCUUUCAACUUUUUCUUUUAUUGGGGCUUGCAACUAAUUUUACACAGCAGAUAGCUUUUUGGAAAAGAAUAAAAAAAUAUACCAAAACAACCUUUUUGCUCUCAAAAAGGUCUAUUGCAAGACUCUUGAGAUCCAUUAGAGCUUUUUUCGAGUAACUAAGUUUCUAACUAUUAAUUCCAGCUCGCGGUUUGCGACGAAGAAACAAAGAAGUCGUACGAAGUCUGCACAAAGAGCUUCUUCGAGAAGUUCGGAGCCACGCCUUCGACCUUGCUCAAGUCCAUGUCGGAUUCGAUGGUCUGCACGGAAGCCAAGGAGCUCUCCGCGUGUUCCAGCGCUGCUAGACUCUGCUCCGCCACCCAUGAAUCGGCGUUUGUCAAGACUGUCUCCAUGAAUUGUGAAAAGGAGGCCGAGGAACGGCAAAGACAUGGAGAAUGCGUCGCGUCGGCCGCGGCCUCAGCUGUAAGUUUCGAGACUUGGAACUGACAAAUGAAGAAUCUGAUGCAGGAAUGUCCGACCAUCACGACUACUCCUAAUUGUGAGACUGUCAAGCAGACGAUCCAGUGCUUCUCGGCUGAGGUAUGGCUUUUCUGUAAAAGGAACACAACUAAAAUUCUUUCUGGCUUAUAUUUUUGAUUUUCUAUGAACUAUCGCAUUGACUGUAAGAUCAACUUCAGAUAAUCACAAACUGCGGUCAAGAAGCUUUGACCUUCGCAACCACAGUCGUCGACACCUACGCCAAGCUUCUCGAUGCUUCUUGCUCUGUAAAUUGUUUUUCCAUUCUCAUUUUUAUCCUCUUUCUGAAGAUUCCAAUGCCCGAGGUCACUUCUUCCGAACCAAGUGAAGCCUCGACUGAGGCGACGACGACGACGACCUCAUCAGAAGUGCCGACGACGACGUCGACGUCUUCUGAAAUGGAGUGUGGAGAGGACGGACUCGUGGAAUAUCUUCAAUGCGAAUCUCUUCUCGACCAAUACGCCUUUCGACCGAUUUCCAUCAUUGGGUGUGUAUUGAAGUUUGGGAAAAAAUUUGAUGGUCGCAUUUGGAAUGGCCUAUCACGGUAGACGUGCCCUAAACCGACUUGGUGCCUUCAAAUAAAAUUAAUCUGCGACCUCUCGUGAUCCAGCUCUGACUUGAGCCUGAUUAGACUUUCUCUCAGCGGUUAAGAUAGAUUUUUAGCCAAAACGAGUUUUUCGACUUUUAUUAAAAUGCCUACACCUUCUGUUGACAAACUUUUGACCCUUCUCAUUCAACAAUUUCAAAUUUCAGCAAUGCUUCCCAAUGGGACGAGUUCUGCAGUAUGUUCAACGCGACCUAUCGGCCCUGUAUUUCUGCCCUCAAGUGCAAGUUUGAACCAGCUGCUCCAGCUCAGGUCCAACUUCUCGACUCCAUUUGCAACAGGUUCAUUAUCUUUCGCAAGCCUAUUCAGAAAGGAAUUUCAGAGUGGUGACCCUCCGAGACCAGAAGAAGUUUGCGCCAUGUCUUUCUGACCUGACGCGUUCCCAGGACGGCCUCAGGUGCAUGGGCCACCUGGCCGACGUCGACAAUUUGUCCAAGACCGCUUCUGCUGAAAUGUGCACUGGGUAUGGAUGAAUUGAAAAGCCAUUCGAUCUGAAUUUUGAAUAUUUUCAGUCUGAAUGAAGUGAUGAAAUGUGCGGCUGAGCCGAUCGAGAAGAAAUGCGGAUUUGACGCUCUUCUCCACGUUUUUGAUCUUCACACUCAAUGGGCCACGCUUUACAACGCUACCUGUGUUUUGGAGUCGCCUCAGCCAAAGGUAAAUCCCUAAAUAGGGCGCAGGCCAAGCCUGCGCCUAAACCAGAAGUUUCUGAUGAAAAGAAAUAUUGAACCCUAUCGGAUUUAUUUUUUGUAAGGCUUCAAAGGAAACUCAUGAACCGGAAAAAUGGCUUGAAUGUUGACUCUGGGUUAAGUCUCAUUUAGAAAAAGAAAGCGGGCGUUUGGAUAAUUCGUCUUUCGUGCUUCAAGACUUCAAUUAAGGUCGAUUUAAAAAAAAAAAAACACACAUCUUCACUUUUUCAAAAAGGCUUCAGGGUUGGAAGAGGUUGUGAAAAACGAGAUACAGAAUUGAGAAGCUUGACCCUGAGAUAAACGUUUUUUUUUUCAAUAAACAAACUUUCAAGGUUCUUACCUUUUACUGAACCUCAGCCAAUAACCCAACGCUGUACUUCAAAAAUUGAUUGUUUCAUUUUAAAGUUAUCACUUUCAGGAGAUCACAAACGAGGUCGAGCCGUCUCGAGACACGAAACCCGUCGUUGUACAAAAGGACGAGACGACGCCGCCGCCGACGACGACGACAGAAUUGUCGAAUCGCAUCGACGAGAAUCUCGACGCAGCCCCGGCGACGUCGCCUCCAGUCGCCGUCGCUUCCAGAACCUCGCUUUUGUCAAUUCUUCCGGUUCUUGCCCUUCUCCUCGUCUUAUAG